AUGAACAACACCACCUACGUUGACCUACAGUAUACUCGAUAUCUAUCUCUCUCUAUGGGUGAUCAUUCUUCCAUGUCGUCAAAAGCAAACAACGUUAACGAAGCCUCAUCUGAUGCUUUUGACAACACCGUAAGGGUUUUAAUUGAUGUUGACGACAACGACGAUGAAGCUGAAAACUUUGUGCUAGCUGCACAGUUGGUGCAAUCAAGUGUAUUGCCUUGGGUGUUGCAUACGGCAAUGGAGCUCGAUCUCUUUGGCAUCAUUGCAAGAGCUGGCCGUCAGUUAUCCGCAACAGAGAUUUCGGCUCAGCUGCCAACAACAACGAACAACCAUGACGCACUUUUGAUGCUGGAUCGUAUACUCCGACUCCUUGCCAAUUACUCCGUCAUCAGCCGCACUAUGUGCUCCACCAGUGCAAAUGCUGAAUCCGAAAGGCGCUACGGACUAAGCCGGCUUACCAAGUUCUUUCAUCCUGAUCAACAAGGGGCUAGCCUUGGCCCUCUUCUCGCCUUGUUUUUGGACAAAGUCGUACAAGAUAGCUGCUUUAUCAAUGUUCUUUGGGUUAAUGAAUCAUGUUGUCUUACUUAUCUCUUUGUGUUCUUUUGUUUCUGCAAUGGCUGCUCAGCAGCUCAACCAUGA